CGCACGACAAAAACCCUAAUUACACCAAGAAGGGCCCAAACCCUCUCCCCCGAAACCCUAAAAACCCGUCCCCCGCGACUCCUCUCUCUCUCUCUCUCCCUCUCUGCGGCGUCUCCCUCUCCGUUCGAUUCUCGUCUCGAUUCUCUCCGACCAGGUUCUUGACUCAGAUACACAAUGAGGUUAGAGAAGUGUUGGUUUUGUUCAUCAACCAUCUAUCCAGGGCAUGGAAUUCAGUUUGUGCGAAAUGAUGCAAAGAUCUUUCGGUUUUGCCGAUCCAAAUGCCAUAAGAACUUCAAAAUGAAGAGAAAUCCUCGUAAAGUUAAAUGGACGAAGGCUUACAGGCGUGCACAUGGGAAGGACAUGGCGCAGGACACGACCUUCGAGUUUGAGAGGAAGCGAAACAGGCCGGAGAGAUAUGACAGGAAUGUUACCGAGAACACGUUGAAGGCUAUCAAGAAGAUCGACAAAGUUAGAGUCGCUAGAGAGGCUCGGCACCACACAAUGAGGAUGAAGGGUAAGAAAGCCAUUGAUAGGAAAGCGUCGGCUAAGGAGUUGGACCAGAGCAUUCACCUGAUCAAAGCACCAGGAGCCCUGGAGCAGGACCCCUCACUCACUCUUCCGAAGAAACAAAUCAGUGUUCCCGAGCCGAUGCUUGAAGAAGCGAACUAGUUACGGUUUGAGCCAUUCUCCUUGUUGGUUUUGAUAGAUUCUGGAUAAAGUUAAAGUUGUUUUUACGUAGCAGCCGGAAGUUAAGAAGCUUGAUGUGUAUUGCUGGUUUCGAAGAUACUUUUUCUUAACAUGUUUCAUAUCCCUGUUGAAUGACACUCUUUUUGGAUGCGGAUGAGUUUUGUACUUCUCUAGUAUCAUUGCUCUAUAAACUAAUUUUUAACUUCUUUGGUCGUCUUGUAUUAUUGUUUACGAAGUUUGCUCUAAUCUGAAAGUGGAGUUAUGUGCUU